CUUCCAGCUGUGGUCAGUGCGCUGGAGGGGAAGGACUGCAGAGAGGUGAUGAAGUCGAUAGCAGAGAGCAGCACCAUCCCACAGGAGCGGCUCAGUCACAUCGUAGCUGGGAUGUACAGAGUCCUGUCUGAGGCCAUCCGCAUCCCCACAUCGUCACUUAAACAGGAGGCCUUUAAAGAAGAUCUUAGAGAAUUGAGGGUACCUGAGGACUUUAUCACAGAUUUCUCCAGUGUGGUUUUCGGCAAUCGCCGUGCAGCUCUAGAGGCAGCAACCUCCCGCAAUGAUCCUCACCUCCCCACAGUAGAGGACUUUAAAUGGAGAGUGGAUGUUGCCAUUUCUACAAGCUCUUUAGCCAGAGCCCUGCAGCCUUCUGUUCUGAUGCAGAUGAAACUGUCAGAUGGGAGCUUUCACCGCUUUGAGGUCCCCGUGUCUAAAUUCCAGGAGCUCCGAUACAACGUGGCUCUGAUCCUCAAAGAGAUGAACGAUCUGGAGAAGAGGAGCAUUCUCCAGAUUCAAGAUUGAUGUACCAUGCAGGGCUGUUAUGUGAUUUAAACUCUCCUGUAUUCUUAGUCUUUGAGAUUUAGUGACCGAACGCCGCUCAUUUAAAUAAUUUCAACUAUGAUAUUAUGAAAGAUGAUAAUCUGCCUGUCAUGAUGUUGAUGAUUUGAUUGUGUUGGCAUCCAACAUACUUGACUAUUGACAGAGUGCAACAUGAUAAUACCUAAUGACCACACUGAAGACAGUUUACUGUGUCACAGUUUAUAUUUAAAAACAAUAUAUAUAUAUAUAUAUAAAAUCCAACUAUCACCCAUUUAUCUUGCUGUGUUGUAAACUGCACAUAUUAGCAUUAUUCACCUUGGUGGGUCGUUGAGAGAUUUUGAGACGGAUGCAUAGCUUCCAUUGUGCCAAAAUACAAAUGCGGUCAAGUGAGCACUCAGACACUCUCUGGCUAAGUGACCACUUUAACUGGGGUCAUGUGAUCUGGUGUGUUUGAGGCUGAACAUCUUGUUCACAUGCGUCAGAAACACGAGGAAGAACAAGGUCAUUUUUUGUAUUUGUACAUACAAGGUCGUGUUUUUAUACACGUCAUUCAAACCAGUGACAUAAGAUUUAGUUGUCAUUUGUGUUGUAGCGCUAUUGUAUAACAAAUUUUAUUUUAUUUUGUAUGUGUUUUCCAUAUUAACAUCAAGAUUUUUACCUCUUGAACCACAUUUCUCUAAUAAAAUCUGUCCAUUCUUGUGUUUGCAAAGAAUAAAUGAUUUAAGACACUGUCA